AUGUUAAACCUUGCCAAUGACAGACAAGAAAUCCCUUUUUUGCUUCCCGGGCCUCAGUUUCCGUAUUUGUGUGAACCAGCUUCUAAGAAAAAGAAUAUUUGUAGUAGUUGUAGUUUAAGUUUUGGUAAGAAAAGAGACUUAGAGCUGCAUCUAAGCCUUGCAAAAAAAUUGUGUCAUAGAAAGUCUCAAUUUCCAAAGCAAAAAAAUCAGCUUCCACUAAGGAACAUAUUUGAAGAUGACCGCUCAUCACAGUCUCUAAUAAAGUGUAAGCACUGCUGUUUAACUUUUGACAAUGAGAAAGGAUUAAAUCAGCACGUUGGAAAGGUUCAUUUAAACAAAAACAAAAGAUCAAGGUGCCCUCAUUGCUAUAAAAGAUUCAAACAUAAAUAUGCAUUAAAGUUUCAUAUCAGGCAAGUACAUGAUAGAUCAACAAGAGUUUCUUGCGAAAGAUGCGGGAAGUCAAUGUACAAUAAAUAUACACUUAAUGACCAUUUACGAUGUUGCAAGGUUUAG